CACAAUCAAUUCCUUAUUCCUCUGAUCCUAUUUCAGUUAAAAACGAUUUGAUAAUUCAUAUUUAAUAACCCCACGAAGUUUUACCCGCGUUCUAUUUCUUUCCCGAAAGAAAUACGUGAUCGGAAAAGAUAACGAACAAAUCAAGCCUCCCCUUUGUCCGAAUCGGACCUUGUUGGGUUUUAGCAUCUGCUUCACUUCCUCGCAUCGUCGGAUUUGGCAUACGCAAGCAACUUAGAACCCUUCCCCCCCGCAAAAAUUUGGCUUUUCUAGCUAAUCUCGCUGUCGCAGUCUGCCCCAUCUUCGUCACGCUCUCAUCACCAGAAAGGUUUCUGAUUGUUUGGCCGCUUGAUUGUCUUUGCCGUUUGUUUCGCCACCUCCGCUGCGGCCACUGAAUCCAUCUAUGUUUGGUGGUGAGAUUAGGAGUUUAGGGUUUGUUGCUUUCGUUGGAUGUUUAUUGGGUGCAGGAUAAAUGCGUGUCACCGGGGAUCUAGGGUUUUCGAGCCUGGUCCUUGUGGUGGUAUGUUUCGUUGUGCCGGUGAUCGGGUUCGUAAUUCACCGGAAAUGGCAAUUUGCCUUGGCCAGGCAGGAGGAGAUCAAGAGGCUUUUGAUUUUGGCCGCCGAGGAGGCAGCUCGGGCUGAGAGUGAGGCUUCGUAUACCUACGCUACAUUUCCUGCUCCUAAGAUUAAUCAAUGUGCACUGUGUUAUUCCCCCACCACUACCCGAUGUUCCAGAUGCAAAGCAGUUCGCUACUGUUCGGGUAAGUGCCAAAUUAUUCACUGGCGUCAAGGCCACAAAGAAGAAUGUCACCCUCCCAGCACACCAUGCCAGGAUGAUGAUGUGUUUGAUGACCAUAAGGUAGUAGAGAAAGACCGCCGUAGAAUUCUUGAAGAGAAAUCUGAGGUUGAAGAUACAAGAUGUAAAACGGUCUCUAAGAAACCCCCACUGCCUGGGAUCAGUUCUCCUGAGGUCCUAUGUGGAAAGGAUGAUAUCAAUAAUGUCGAGCCUCUUGCAGCUGGGAGUAUAACAGAUUCUAAUUCUGAAUUAUCUAGUCACUCAUUUUCUGGAUUCUCAUCUUCUGCUGUUGCUAGUGAAUCAUCUGAUGAUGCCUCUGUAUGUGAGAGUGUCGUCUCAAAUGAGCCUGAGAGAUCAGAAGGACAUAUUUUUGCUGAUCCUGCCCUUGACAUGCAUGAUGCCCAUUCAAGUGAUAAUAGCAUGGAUAUGACCAUGCCUUCAUCACCAAAGUUUGCUAAUUUGGUUGAUUCAAUAGAUGGUCUCUCUGUUAUGCACAAUUUUAAUCAAACUAGACCUAGUUUUAGUAAAGAAGAGGGUAAGCUUGCAAAGAAUGGAUCAGCAUGUUUGAGUAUGGGUAAGGAAGUAACAAUCGAGCCUCAUACUGUAUCUUCUGGUUUCUGGGAUAAAACUCUUCAUUCCAAAGGGACUAGAGAUGAUGCAAAAAAUGUACGGCUUCCAUCUCCUUCCAGUGAAUCCUCUCGCCAUUGGAAAUCUGGAUCUGGCUCUUCCAUUUGUGUUUCAGUUGAUACCUUGCCUCCCAUGCAUGUACAAAGUCAAGAGGAAGAAGAUUCAGCUUCUGACAGUUGUGUUCAAAACUCAGUUGGGAAUAUGGCAAGUGCAGGGUCAGCAUUAUCAGAGAAUGACAGCAUGGAUUCUUUGAAGGGGCAAAAUUCUGCAUCCGUAGACUGCAAAGGGUCCAACGGUACAGGUGUUGGUACUAUGAGGAAAGAUAAUCAUGGGCGGCCCUUAUGUUUCGUCCGUCACUCUUCAAGUGUUGGUAAAACUUCAGGUUGUGCAGAUGCUUCAAGCAUCAGCAACUUGCAAUCAGCACGCUCUAAGGCAUCAAGUAACAUUCUAGUUGACCCUGACAGUGCAUCACAUCAAUUGGAGUCGGUUGAAAUGAGACGUGGGCCAAGUCCAUAUGCUGAUGCUCAUUUAGAGUCUAGAACUAAAAGUCAUGUGCAUUCCAGUACAAUAUGCAGGAAUAAUGGUGUUCAAGCCAGCACCACUACUUCAUCUCAAGUUGCUAGCCGAUCUCCAACUCCUAAGAAUGGCUUGAAAACAUCUAUGUUGAAGGUUGUUGAUCAGUUUAAGGGAUCAAAUUUAUCAAAACGCUUGCCUCUAACUGUUGGGAGUGAGGUUACUGGAAGAUAUAGUGGCAAGCUAUUGCAGGGUCUUUUUUCGUAUGACUUGUUUGUCAAACUUUAUAACUGGCACGAGGCAGAGUUGCAGCCCUUUGGUCUUGUAAAUUGUGGAAACAGCUGUUAUGCCAAUGCCGUGCUCCAAUGCUUAGCAUUUACACCUCCCCUUACUGCUUAUUUGCUUCAAGGACUUCAUUCCAAAGCAUGUGCUACUAAGAAAGGGUGCUUCACAUGUGAGUUUGAAAGUUUAAUUUUGAAGUCAAGAGGCACAAAAUCUGCGCUCUCUCCCAAGGGUAUUCUUUCCCAAUUGCAAAAUAUUGGCAGUCGACUUGGUAAUGGGAGAGAAGAAGAUGCGCACGAGUUUUUAAGGAGUGUUAUUGACACCAUGCAACUGGCUUGCCUCACGGAAGCUGGUAUUAAUUCAUCUGGCUCAUCAGAAGAGGAAACAACUUUAAUGGGUCUAACAUUUGGAGGUUACCUUCGUUCAAAGAUAAAAUGUAUGAAAUGUGGUGGAAAGUCUGAGCGUCAGGAAAGAAUGAUGGAUCUAACCGUUGCAAUAGAAGGUGAGAUAACAACCCUGGAGGAGGCUCUACGGCAGUUUGCUAGCACUGAGGCUCUCGAAGGAGAAAACAAGUAUCAUUGUGUCAGGUGUAAAUCUUAUGAGAAUGCCAAGAAAAAGUUGACAGUGUCGGAGGCACCAAAUAUUCUUACAAUUGCAUUGAAGAGAUUUCAGUCCGGAAAAUUUGGCAAGCUCAAUAAACCCAUUCGAUUUCCUGAAAUACUUGACUUGGCUCCUUUUACGAGCGGGACCAGUGAUAAGUCACCUAUAUACAGGCUAUAUGGGGUAGUUGUUCACUUGGAUGUUAUGAAUGCUGCCUUUUCGGGCCACUAUGUGUGCUAUGUGAAGAAUAGCCAAAAUAAGUGGUUCAAAGUUGAUGACAGUGUGGUGACAGCUGUUGAAUUGGAGCGAGUCUUGACAAAAGGAGCGUACAUGCUUCUUUAUGCGAGGUGCUCACCAAGGGCCCCAAGGUUGAUUAGGAGCAUGGCAUCCAGUGAUUCAAAGAGUAAAACUGUCAAGGUAAUGAAAUCCAAAUGGGUGCCAACGAGUUCUGUUGCUGCUGAAUAUUUUCCAAGCUCGGUUUCUCCCAGUGGCUCCCCCACCUUAGACCCUUUCAAUUCAAAGUUUCACCACAUGAAAAGGAUUCUGGAAGAUGAUUCAUCAAGUGACAACUCGUCCCUUAUCAGUACCAAUUCUGAUGAAGGUUCUUGCAGCACUGAUAGCACCCGUUACUCAACCAGCACUGAUGACUUCUCCGAGUACAUUUUUGGUGAAUCAGGUUGUGGCUGGAAGAAUUCUGAUUCUGACACGUCUUCCUCAUCAUCUUCAUCAUCUCCCCUCAACUUCAGGCAUUCUCCCCUUUCUGACAAGGACCGGUAUGACUCAGGUUUUCCAGAUGUCUCUGGGUUGCGGACUCCUGCUGGUUUGAGUGUGGAGGUAGAUAGUCAAUUGUACAGGAGAUUAUACAGGUGGUAGCAGAGUGGUGGAUACCGAAAGGGGAGUUACUCUCUUGCGUUCUGACACAAAUAUACAUGCUAGGAAGUUAGAUAAUAGCACUUAGUGGUAGUAUUAUUAAUAGGGAGGCUAACUAUUUUCAGGGACUAGGAUCUAACACCAUUUUAGCGAUAAAAACUGUGGUGCAUCAUGUAGAAAGUCAGGGCAAAGAACGGAUUGAAUAUUUUAUGGAGUAAAUAACUAGGGAUGCACUGCGUAAAGUGCUCUUGUUAAUAACUUAUCCCCCUCUCAAAUUUGUCUUUUGGGUCCCAGUUGCACUUUACCAUAUAGUACGCCUUCUUGAAAUGAAUGUACCAUGAAACAGUAAUAAAGCGAAACCAGUUAUGUGCGUCCUA